AUGUCGUGGAUGGCGAAAUCGAACAUUAAGGGUCUUCUGAUGUUCGCACUGCAGCAGUUGCUCGUUGUUUCAUCAAGUAGACGAAAGAACCUUCCACAGGCGCGUUGCAAUGAGGACGUCGUAAGAAACAGUGUUCUGGGGUCGUUCGCUUACAUUGAUACAGGGAGAGAUGAACAGAAAUACCUUCUUCACCACAAUCUACGACCCAUGGGCAUAACCCACCUGAAACCCGUACCACCCCAGAUUCGUGAGGUGAUGCCUUUAACUUCAGUGAUUUUUUAA